UUCAUGUCGAGAAUCUAUCGCUAUUGGUACGUGAGAGAGUGAGUAUCUCAUCGUAAGAGAGAAGAGAAUCAUGCACAUUAAGAAAUGAGAGGAGAGAGAGCCGAGUUAAGAAGCUAUUAAGCUGCUCCUUCUCAUCUUGUUAAAUGAGCACAGACUUAAAACAUUACAAUUCUCUGCGUUAAGACGAAGGAGAAAUAAUUGUGAAAAAGCAUUGCAAAGUUCGUUAAGUGGCCCUCCUCCUCCUCCUCCCAAGCAACUAACUGACUUGCCCUCAAGGCCCCGUCUGACUACUUACUUACAUACAUUACCAUGUCGUCAACUAGCAUCAUCGUCGUCGUCGUCGUCAUAUCCCCUCCGUAACAAAUCCACAUUAACUAACAGACUUUGUUGUAACAUUAAAAACAUUAACUGAAGGAGGAACGACGAGACGAAGGAGAGAAGGUUGGCAAAUAUUGUUGAAAGUUAUUUGCUCUAUUACUGUGAAAAAUCUUUAUUUCUUAAAAGAAUUAAGGAGAUUUGGAGAAAGAAAAAUGAAGAAUCUUACUGGAACUUUUUGAAACUUGAGUUGUUACACGGACACAAAAUCUCCGUUACAACGAGAAAAUAUUUAAAAAAUAACAAGUUUACCGUUGUGCAGAAAAAAAAUAACGAAGAUUACUUUACCCUACCCAGAGAGAGAAUUAAGUAGAUUUAAAUAAAUAUUAUAGAGAUUUUUGUGUAUUAAGAAACAACAAUUCUUCAACGAUACAAGAUUCUUCUCAGAACUAAUUUAAACUACAAACAAAUAUACCACUAAAAAAUAUCGAGCUUCUUAGAAAACAUUUUGAAAGCUUACAAAACAAAAAGUAUUAUUAAGAAACGGGAGAAUUUUACCAAGAAAUUAUUCAAAUACAACAACAAAUUAUGUACUUUUCCGUAAGAAAUAACUGCUAAUCAAGUCGAAAUGUUUUAAAUGAGUGUGAACAAGGAGCAAGGAGAAGUUGUAAUACUUGAUAAUCCAUUAAAAAAGACGACGAGGACUAUAAACUUGGUGAAGAUUAAUUAGGAUUUAACUAUAAAAAACAACAAGGCGACAACCGUGCUCAAAUCGAGAGAGAUCCUUCAUCGUCAUAAAAACGAUUUCGAAGAUGAAUUCCAUCCGGAAGUGGUUGUACAAACCAAAGAAAACAGACCAAAGUCUGCUGGCCCAGUUCUUCUAUGCGGACGAAGACCUGAACACUGUUUCAGCCGAGUUGGACUCGUUUGACGGAAGGAAGGAUCCGGACAGAUGUACGGCUCUGGUCAAUCAUCUCAGACAGUGUCAGGACAAGGUGCUGAGCAUUUGCCAAAUGAUAAUGGAUGAAGUGAUCCCUGAAGAACGGGCUCCUCGCGACUUUCGAGCCAAAUUUCCGGAUGAUGUUCUUCAGGAAAAUCUAGCCGGACAGUUGUGGUUUGGAGCUGAGUGCCUCUCUGCUGGGUCAAACAUCUUAAAUCGAGAGUUGGAAUCUGCUUCGAUGCGUCCCUUGGCCAAAGCCCUAACGAAAAGUUUGGAGAACGUGAGAAAUCUUUUGAGGGAGCAAUGUUUCCGAAAUCCUCCCGAAUUUACGGAAAAGAUUUGCGAAUCUUUGAAAAUUUUGGACCGUCUUUUUGCCGAGUUUGAACUCUCGUACGUCUCCGCCAUGGUCCCUGUCAAAUCCGUGAUCGAGUAUGAAGCCCAACAGGCAAUCACAGUUUUAUUCUCGGAAACUCUACAAAGAGCCUUGAAGCUAGGGCUGCUAAGUCAAGACCAAGUAGAUUCCUGCGACCCAGCCUUGAUGUUCACAAUACCACGACUCGCCAUCGUGUCGGGUCUCCUCAUUUUCCCGUCUGGACCUUUAUGUCUGGAUCAAACCGAGUUACUGUCCGACAUGUUCCGUCCAUUUCGUUCCCUGUUGCUUAAAAUUCGUGAACUUCUUUGGACCAUGAACCGCUCGGAGUUGGGUGCUUUGGAAAGGUCACUCUGUUCCGUCGAAGAAACCUUUAUGGAACCUUCGCCUUCCGACCUGGUAGAAGAAGAACACGUUUUAAACAAUCGAAAUAAUUUCACAUCUGCCGGAAGCACAAUGACGACAACAACAACGACGGAUGAGGAAGCCAUUUCUAACCUGAGGAACCAUGCCGUGAGUGGAGGUCACCAACAUAACAUUCAUUUUCAUCAUAACCACUAUCACGAUGAACCGCAAUUGUCGUCAUCAUCUGGCGGUGGGGGUGCCGUUCCACUCGCAUCCAUUCAAGACUACCUCGACCAAUUCUACAAAGAUUUUCCCCAGUGCAAAGACUUUAUCUCGGACCUCACCCAUAACAAUUCGAGUAGUAGUCCAGGUCCGGAAGAAGGAGGAGAUGUUGAUUCCACUACAGAACAGACGACGAUGACAACUUCUUCUUCGACAACCUGUGCCAAAGAACUGACAAUGCUGGGAGGAGUAGAGACUGAAAGUAAGGAUGAAGGAGGGAGUGGCUCGGGUACCAUGGCCACCACUCGUCUCCAGUAUUCCUCACUUAUUGACCAACAAUCCACAAAUCCUGGAAUGGCCGUUCCACCAACAUUACUAGGGUCCAAGGAUGAAGACCAACUUCAACUCCUCGCCCCAGAGUUUGAUCCCGCACUCCCAGCCUCAACAUCAACCUCACUUCCGUCCCCGUCCUCAAUCCCAAAAACAUCAUCCAAGCAGGGAUCCUUACUUUUCACUGACUCAUUUGCUCCAGCACAACAAGCAACAAUGCCAUCAGAAGAGUGGGACCAUGUCGAGGUGGGAGAGACUGAAGGGACGGGGACACAAAAGAGUACUUCUUCUUCGACGGAAGUGGAAGAUUUAGUGGGUCCUUCUCAUACUACGAACAAACAACCAGUUUCUAGCUCAAGCAGAGAUUCUGGUCUGAGCAGUAUGACAGACUCUUCAUCAGAAGGGGUAUUUUCUCAUCCAGCUGAUGAUAUUGAGGAGGAAAGCACUAACAACAUUCCAAUCUCGUCGAGUGAAGAAAACCCAAUGAUGGAUAGAGAUGGUUACCCAAGUGGUGAAUGUUCCUCAAGUGAUAAAACAAGCUGUGAAGUUCCUCCCAGUGAUUGGGUAGAGUGGAAAGAUGACAUGGAAAUUGCACUGGCUAUGCAAGCUGCAGAAAUCGCGUCACGAAAUGAAGUCCGUGCAAGGUUCAAGAACAGCUCAGACCUAAUUCACCGUCUCUUUAUUUGUAUCUCUGGUGUCGCGGACCAACUGCAAACAAAUUAUGCAGCAGAUUUAAGAUCCACUCUUAAAUGUGUCUUCGCCAUGAAUGCCACACCCUCCGAGUUUGAAGAGGAGAAUGAAGAAAGCAGCUUGGAGGACGGAAGUUGUGGGGAUACUUCAGGAUUAGAUGUCACACCAGAGCCUUCACUGGAUGAAGAACAUUCCAACUCUGCUGAAGGGAUGAGUUACUCUCACUCACAUCACAACCACCACCACAAUGACCUCACGCAAAAUCACCAUCACCACAAUCAUCACCUUCAUCAAAAUAGUCAUGAGGAUCGGUCUGGAGAACAUUCCAAUGUUGUAAUGGCUGCACCACCGCCCACAUGGGUCCCGGAUGAGCUCGCUCCUACAUGUAUGUCCUGUUCGGCAGCCUUCACCGUGGUCCGACGGAGGCAUCAUUGUCGUAAUUGUGGAAAGGUCUUUUGUGGGAAGUGCAGUGGAAACUCAGUUCCUCUGCCGAGAUACGGUCACCUCAAGCCUGUGCGAGUCUGCAAUCGGUGCUUCAUGUACAGCGUUACACCCUUCACUCUCCCAGCCUCUGCUGACUCUUGAAAGCCAGCACAACUUGUAUUGCCUAGUUCUUUUUUUACCAAGAUUGGUUUAUUUAAUUAAAUCCCAGUUAAUCACUCAAGUCAUCAACACAACUUAUAUUUAAACACAGUCAACGCAACUUUCAAAGGACUUUUGUAAUAUUAUUUGCUUGAUAUUUUACACAAAUAGUACAGAUACACGACAAAUAUUUUCGGCCUUAUGUAUUGUAAUCUUAUUUCGUUGUUAUUAUAUUAUUAUUACACUUUUGCGGGGGGAAAUUUACAAUUACAAAAUUAAAUUUUACAUACAUACGUCCAUCCUACGUAUAUCCUAUAUAUAUAUACCACCACCGGUUUAUUUUUUGUCACGCGUGAGAUACUAGCCCCCCAAAAGUGUUAAAUUGUCCAAAACAUAAUGGUUGUACUGUUAUUAUUUAUUACAAUUAUUAUUAAUUUCGCUCAUCAUCUUUUACAACAUUUUCACUUUAAAUGCCCAAUAUACAAACUUUAUCUCGACCACAUGCGAAGAAGGAGGAGAGAAAAACAGUGUGAUGCUACAUAUAUAAUUAACAAAUAUUAUUUUUAAAAGUGUUUAGCAUUCAAAGUCGCAGUCAAAGAGUGCUUGAUUCAUCAUCACAUAUAGAGAAAAUUAUUGAGAUUCGAUUUAGAAGAGAUGUUCUAUAUAUGACUACGUAAAAAUGGUUAUGUAUUAUUGCUUACUAUGUACUACUACAUCAUUAAAACUAUGAAAUUUGACUCUAUAUGAUGAUUAUAUAAGAAAUUAUUACUGUUAAAAUCAUUUACUGAUGACUACAGACACACCUGUGUUGUGAAAUGACAAUUGAACAAUUACAUAUAGAUAUAUACAUAAUACUUAUGUGAUUUUGUGAUGUAAUUUAAUUUUAAUUUUGAAAAAUAUUAUCGUUCAUUGAUUAAAAGUUACUGUCAAUUGUUAAUUGAAAGGGAUAAAAAAUGAGAUUCAUUAUUAUUUUUCGGCAUAUUAUGAAAUGAAAUGAAUUGAUUGAUUUAUUGAUUUAUUAUUACAAUUAUUUGAUUUCUGACUUGAUUCAAUUUGUGUAAUUCAUAAAAGAAACUUACUCAACAAAUUGAAAUUAUACAAAAACAAAUGAUAAAAUAUAAGAUCAAUGUCAAUUAGUUAAUGUUUAUGAGGGAUCUUGAGCCUAGUCUUUUGCCCUAAAGUUUUAUUUUAUACAAGUAAAUGUUGUCUCAUAGUUAAUGAUAUGAUGAUGAGUAAAAAAAAAACACAACUGGGUAAUUAAAUUAUGAUUACGCUAGUCUGCUAUUCGACUACUUUUUCAUCUCGAUAGUUAAAGCCCUGGAUGCCCAGCGAACAGCAUAUAUUAUUAUUACACAUAGUUAAUUACUGAAUGCUAUAUUAAAUAUCUUUUCGUUCGUGGACGUAGCUCGAAGUUGUGGUUGCUACACAUUAUGGUUACACAUGAAAUGAAACUGAUGAUGAUUAUCUCUAUGUAUAAUCAAUUGAGUACCUUAUUUAGCUAUUUUCAAAAAUAUAUGUAUUGUAAAUAAUGCGUACCGACGCUAUCGCUAUGUGUGGAAAAAUAAAAAUAUACGUUUCGAAA